UGGUCCUACGUUGGUGUCGUUGCUUCCGGUUGUGCGGUUCGCCACAGAUAUUGCAGAGACCCGCAGAGGUCAUGUAUUCAUGCAUGCGAAAUCCGUCGAAAUUUGUUCAAGUGACACAGCGCUUGGCUAUUCAUUGUCGUUCAAGUUCUAAUGUUGUGAAAGAUGUGGAGCCUCCCAAGGAUCCUAUAACGCAUACUGGGCAGCACUGGGAUAAGGAUGAUUAUCGACUAGCUCGCUUUCUGGACACCCCUAAACAGAUAAACCCCAAUUUUGCCAUCAAGUUGAUUGCAGAAGUUCCUCCCAAGGCAGUCAGCACCCGUACGACAUGGUGUGAUGGCGGCAGUGGGGCCCUUGGCCAUCCCAGAGUUUUUAUAAAUUUGGAUGCACCUGGCAACCACACCUGCGGCUACUGUGGUCUCCGAUUCUACCAGGAUCACUCGUCAAAGGGUCACUAGGAAUGAGGAUUGUACAACCUUAUUAGGCAGAAUAAUAACCUUGUUAUAUGAAA